AUGUGGGGGCCAUGGCACUGCUAACACCCCAGGGAGCCAGAGAAGUCUUUCGGCUGCCGAAACAGAGAGGCCGGGAGCACCUGCGAAGACUCCUGCGCUGGGAGGAGCUGGACGAGCUCGGGGACACGCGCAGGAGCAUCCUGCUGGAUGCGCUCUACAACAGUGUCCUCUUCACAGCCAGCAGAGGCUUCCCUUGGGUGCAGGUGGCACAGGCGGUGAAGUUCACAGAGGAGCUGCUGGCAGAGACCAAAGGGGCACGGGAAGGGCAGAUCGCGCAAAAUGCAGAGCAGGCGACCGUCACGUGCCCGGCGCUCGGUCAGGAGCCACCUGGCGUCCACGGCUGCAGAGGCGGCUCCAUCACCGAGGCUGUGACGAUCCUGGGGAACAAGCUCAGGGACUACCAGCGGCAGUUCACCACCCGGCACCUGCUGGCCCUCUGCGACUAUUUCCACAACACCUUCAUCCGCCACUACAGGCUCUACCAGUAUGUUCUGGGCCAGGAGCGGGACGUCCACCUGACGGUCACCCGCCUGGAGGUGCGCACCCCGCCCCAGCCCCUGCCGCUGGCCCAGGGCACGCACAGGGACACCUGGCGGCAUGAGCAGCAGGUGGCUGCGCUGCUGACGGAGGAGGAGCAGAAGCGCAAUGAGGUGCAGCUCCUGAAGGAGGCGCUGCGCGCGGAAGAGGCGCGCCUGCUGGAGAAGGCGUUCUCGUGCGCCGGGGCCCCGGGGGCCAAGGGCCUGGGCCGAGAGGCGCUGGAGCGUCUCGUCCAGGAGGCCAUCGGUAUCCAGAUCAAGCGCCUGGGAGAGCAGCUGCAGCACGAGGUCCAGGCGGCCUUUGACAUCCUGGAUCUGAGGCUCCAGAGGCGGAUGCUGAGUCUCAGGGGCCCCCUGUCCUUCCCACCCCCCAGCCCUGGCCCAGAGGACCCCAUCAAGACCCACAAGGCCCAGAAGGAGAAGAAGGCCAGGGCGAAGCAGCCUGUGACCCGGUGACCACAGCCCUCGGGGACUGGGAGGAGAGCUUCAGGGCCACUCGGCCCCCCACUGAGCAGAGGUCCUAGCAAU